AUGUGUAAUUUGCCGAACGAGGAACUGUGGGAGGUAAAAUUUCGUCCAGUAUCAUGUUACAGUAAAUUUGAAGUACGGAGUUUGAUCUCUAGGGAAUUGGAACCAGCUGAACUGCUGCACAGCAAAAAGACCACUGCUGAUCCCGAUCAUAUCCAUCCAGCUGGAUUUUCCAAGCCGACAGUAGCGUAUGUUCCGCCACACCUGCGUAAAGCACAAAUAACGGGUUCUGUGGGUAUUGCUAAAAGCAUGCAAGUGACUCCCGCCAAGAUGACUGACACUGAUAAAAAAAUUCUCAUGAUUAAGAAGAAGUUAAAAGACAUUGCUACACUGAAAAGCGAGGAUGUUAAGAAGAUGUUCUACGGCAUCAACGAUGAGCGGAAAGUUCAGUUGAGAGAUGUUUUGACGGCAAAACCGUGGAAGCCUGGAUACUGUAAUUCUCUAGACAUCAACGAAAUUUCAACCGAAGUCCCAACAGAGAAAAAAAUGCUUAACCAUAUGAUUGGAAAAUGGCGUCACUUAACCACCUAA